UUAAUGUCUGAAGAAUGGACUACUAAAUAAAUUGAUAAAUACAUUAUAGUCAAUAAGAAGCUAGGAAAUGGUGCCUUUGGUACUGUUUAUAGAGGUUUUAAAAAAAAUGAUGAAACCAAACAGGUGGCUGUUAAGGCAAUUUCAAUAGCUGUAAUAAAUACAUCUAUUGUCUAUUAGAGUAUCAAGGAUUCUGCUAAAAUGGUUGAACAUAUAAAAAGAGAAAUUUCUAUUUUAUAAUAAGCUAAUAAUCCACACAUUGUCAAAUUAUAUGAUGUAGCUCGAACUCCACAUUAUUUAUAUCUAUUCUUAGAGUACUGUCAUGAUGGAGACUUGAAAAAGUAUUUGUCUACUAAAUAUGGCAGAAGAUUGAGUGAAGUAUUUCCUAUUCCUUAAAUUAUUAGGUUGAAGCAGUAAUUUUCUUGAAGCAUCUAGUCGAGGGAUUUCGAACACUUUAUUAACUUAAAAUUAUACAUAGAGACAUUAAACCAGCUAAUAUAUUAUUACAUAAAGGAGUUGCUAAAAUAACUGAUUUUGGCUUUGCUCGAGUAAUUGAUACCGGAAUGAAUGGUAACACAUACAUUUAUCUAAAAUAGAUCCUGCUUAUUUUUCAAGAGUCGGAUCACCUCUUUAUAUGGCUCCUUAAAUUCUUGAAGGUCAGCCAUUUUCAUCUAAAUGUGAUGUUUGGUCAAUGGGGAUUAUGUUGUUUGAGAUGCUUUAUGGUAAACCACCUUGGGAUGGAGACAAUUAAUAUAGUCUAUUGCAGAAUAUUAAGAAAACAGCCUUAGUACUACCAGAUGCACCUGUCAGAAGUGAUAAAAUUAAACAAUUAUUAAGACAUAUGUUAGUUGUAUAGGAGAAAGUAAAUUUAUGAUUAUUAUUUUUAGGAUAGAUAUUCUUGGGAAUAAAUAUUCAAUCAUGAAAUCAUAUAGAUCUAAGAAGCUUAAAUCAAAAAUAACUUAGAAUAAUUAAUGAAAGAAAAAGAUGAAUUAUCACGUUCAGAAAGUUUGAAUAAAUUAUAUAUGGAAAUGAAUUUAGUAGUUGGAUAUCUUGAUCUACCUGAAUAAAUUAUUUAAGAACCUACUACACCUUAAUCUACACAUGGAAAUGAAGAAAAACCAUCUAUUGAUGAUAUUAAUCAUGAAAAAGUAUUUUAUUAUUCUUUAAUAUUAGGGAUUACAAAUUAUAAAUCAAUAUGAUACUGAAUAAAAAAGACGUAAGGCUAUGCUAAAAUAUAAUACAUACUUUCUAUUUGAAAGAAAUAUUGCAUUCUUCUUUAAUUAUGUUAUCUAAAAGAUUAUUAAGAUGUCACAUUAAGGAAUUUUGAAAUUAAAUUAAGAACUUUAUUAUACAACUAUAUUUUGUAUCUCCAAAAAUUAAAAUGUUCAUCUCAAAAGAAUGUCUGAUCAAUUAGUAUCUAAAAAUCCAGAUAAAUUUGAUAGAGAAACUUGGGGCAGAUAUUUAAUCAGUCAAGAAUAUAAAAAAAUAUUAACAGUUACUAAAAAUGAUAUUAAACACACAGAAGAUUUUUAUUUAGAAAUUUAUAAAAAAGAAAAAUAAAUUAUUGAAAAAGAAUUAGAUUAACCAGAUAAUAAAAGAGCAUCAAAAAUUAAGUAAGUUUUAGAUGUUAACUUCGAUUAAAAUCCUUUCUUUUAACAAUUAUAUUAAUAAGUUGUGCAAGAAAGCUUAGAAAUUAUUAAAACUACUAUCAAGUAAACUAAAGAAACUGAUUCUGUUUACAAAGAUUUAUUGUAAUUAGGAUGGUUUUUAGUUAUUUGUUUAAAUCCAUAUUUAGAAUUUAAAGACAUUAAUAUGGAUUUUAAUUAGUUUUAUGAAGAGAUGCAAACAUUAACAGAAGCAUAACUUCUUGAAAAAAUUGGGAAACGUUUAGAUUUAUGA